UUUAUCAAAGAAAUAAAAUGUGGCAUGUAUAGAUAUAUAUAUAUAUACGUUUGCCAUUUUCUUACGUUCUCCUUUUGUCAAAAUACUGUACCUUCAUUCUUCGUCAAAAUGAAUGGUUUAUAUAAUGGCGCUGUCCUUUCAAAUUCCUUGAAAACCGAGGAAUUGUUAGAGAAAUGUUGUAUGCCUCUACCAACCAAGAAAUUAACAAAUACAGAGCUUUAUAAGUUCCAGAAACUAAUCGAGAAGAAAUACGGCCUGCAUUUUGAUUCUUAUUGCGACUUUCACAAAUGGUCGGUGGAGAACAUUCCAGCCUUUUGGAAAGAACUGUGGCAUCAUUUUGAUAUAAUCUCAUCCAGACCCUACGAUGAAGUAUUUAAAAAGACAGGAAAUGGUUUCAUGGAUAAUGAGUGGUUUAUCGGAUCUAAACUCAAUGUGGCUGAAAAUAUUAUGAGAAUUAGAGACGAAAAAAUUGCACUUAUAUGUUGCGAUGAAUUGGGAAACAGAGAAACAGUGACAUUCGCUGAAAUAUAUGAGCAAGUACAACUGUACACUGCUGCAUUUCGGAAGCAUGGUUUAAAAUGUGGUGAUAGAGUAGCUUAUUACAUCUCUAACCGAAAAGAAGCUUUGUUUGCGAUGUUAGCAAGUUUGAGUGUUGGCGCUAUAUGGGGUGGGCCACUGCCUUAUCAUGGACCCAGAAUGGCAUCACUUAUUAUGCAGAAAGUGAAUCCAAAAUUUAUUAUUUCGGUCGAUCAUUUUCAAGCUGAUGGAAAACAGUAUUAUCCCAUUGAUAAUCUGCCCUUUGUUGCCAAGAAUCUCCCAAAUUUAGAAAAAGUGAUUAUUGUGCCAACUAAAGAAGAAACCUUAUAUCGUGAUAUGUCAGAUAUUCCCAAAAGUAUUCUUUUAGAAGAUUUCCUUCAAAGUGGAAUGACACCAGAUGGAACAGGGCCAGAAUUAGAGUUUAAGCAGCUACCUUUCAAUCAUCCGACCAUCAUCAAUUUCACAUCAGGCACCACUGGUGAUCCGAAAGGGGUCGUCCAUUCGGCAGGAGUUAUCUUAUGCCAGCUCAGGGAUUUUUCUCUUCAUUUAAAUCUGCAAAGUGGUGAUAUUGUGUAUACGAAUUCUGCAGUUGGAUGGGCUGUUUGGGAUUAUGUGGUCCCAAAUUUAGCUUUAGGAGUGACUCUUUUAUUGUAUGACGGAAUUCCUAUAUAUAAAAAGAAUUUCAAUUUUUGGAAUAUGAUUUCCGAGAAUAAAGUGAACUUCGUAUUUAUUUCACAAUCGUAUAUAGAUGAUUUUGAACAAGAAAAUAUUCUUCCUGGUCCAGAAACUAAUUUGGAUUGUUUAAAAGUCAUUGCAUUAGGAGGAAGUCCAGUCAAACCACAAGAUUACCAAUUUUUAAUCAAUCAUAUCAAAAAGGAUUUGUACAUAGUAAGUCAUUAUGGAGCCUCAGAAACGUUUGGAGCUUUCUCUGGAUGUGAUCUUUCUUCUACUUUAUACACUUGUGAGUGUCAAGUGCCUGCACUGGGGGUCGAUUUACAGGUCUUUGACGAAAAAGGCGAUUCCGUCGUGGGAAAACGUGGAGAAAUUGUUAUAACGAAACCAUAUCCAGGUCUUCCUAUUUAUCUUUGGGACGAUGAAAAGAAUCAAAAAAUGAACGAAACAUACCUAAGCAAAUAUCAAGGAGUGUGGUGUCAAAAUGAUGAAGGUUGGAUCAACCCAGUAACAAAAGGUUUCCAAAUUGUAGGAAGGAGCGAUGAAACAUUAAAACAAUAUGGGGAACGAUUAAGUCCAGGAGAUAUCUAUUUUGCAAUUUCUGAAAUGAAAGAAUUGGAGGAUUACAUCUGCGUUGGUCAAGAUCGGUGGGAUGGCGAAUCGAGAGCAGUACUUUUUGUAAAACUCAAACAAGGAUAUUCUUUUACACCUGAGUUGAAAGAAAAAAUUUCCAAAAAUAUUCGCAAGGAACUACCAGAUGUGCCAGAAGAAAUUUUAGAAAUCCCAGAUGUGCCGUAUAAUCACAAUGGAAAGAAAAUGGAGUCGCUUGUGAAGAAAAUUGUGAAGACAAAUACCGUACCAGAAAUCAAGAGCAUUACAAAUCCAGACUGUCUACAAUUUUUUUGUAAUAUACCAGAACUGAUAAAAUUUAAUAAACCUGGCAUUUGAUCAGAAAUAUAAUGAAUGUUUGAAAAGUCAACAAUAUAUUUUUACAGAAAAAGUUUUAUAUGAAAAAUAAAAUGAAUUAUUGUGAAUUCAUAAGCA